GCUUCGGGCCCGUGCACAAGACGAGCGACGCCGAAGAGUUCCUGAAGAUCCUGAAUUCGAUCAGCCCCCUGGCCGGGGGCGACGAACCUGAGAUGUGUCUGUCGGCGCUGCAGCUGGCCCUGCUGCACUCGCCCCCCAUGUCCGAGAUCUUCGUCUUCACGGACGCCUCAGCGAAGGACGCCCACCUCCGGACCAGCGUGGAGGCCCUGAUCCAGGAGCGCAGGUGCAAGGUGACUUUCCUGAUCACGGAGGACCCCUCCAGGACGCGGGUGAGGCGGGAGGUGCUGGCCGCUGACCGCUUUGACCUGUACGUAGACCUGGCCCGCAGCUCCGGGGGCCAGGUCAUCUUCACCGACAACGCCAACAUCCGGCAGGUGGCCGGCAUCAUCGGAGAGACCACUGCUUCCUCGGUGACCCUGUUCCAGUACCAGAAGGGGGGCAGUUUGGGCCCCGGGGGGCUGGGCCGGAGGGGGCGGAAGAA